AUGAUAAGUAUUAUUCGGCGUAAAUUGAUAGAUCUUCCUACAAAUUAUUCUUUAAAUUAUUAUUGGUGUAGUGGUUUUAUGAUUUCUAUAUUUAUGGUUAUACAAAUUUUAACUGGUGUUAUAUUAUCUUUUUUAUACGUAGCUGAUACAACUUUGAGGUUUUCUUUGGUAAUGAAUUUGUCUAAUGAUUUAUUUUAUACGUGGUGUAUUCUUGGGUUUAUACUGUACUUAUUAUUGAUGGGUGAGGCAUUUACUGGUUAUAUUUUACCAUGGCACCAAAUUUUACCUAUUUUUGGUCCUACUAUUUAUAAGUAUAUUGUGGGUGGUUUUUCAAUAAGUGGUACUACUCUAAUUCGAAUUUUAUCUGUUCAUAUAUGUUUAGGCUUUGUAAUUUUGGGGCUUAUGAUAUUACAUUUGUUUUAUUUGCAUAAGAGCGGUAGAAAAAAUCCUCUUUUUUCUAAUUCUUCAUUUUCUGACUUAGUUUAUUUUCAUUCUUACUUUAGUAUAAAGGAUUUUAUGUGCUUUACUAUUUUUGUAUUUGCUAUAUUUAUUAUACUAUUUAGUAGACCUGAUGCAUUAGUUGAUAUUGAGGCAUAUUUGGAGGCCGACCCAAUGAAAACUCCUUUAUCUAUAAAGCCUGAGUGGUAUUUUUUAACUUUUUAUGCAAUAUUGCGUUGUAUUAAUUCUAAGAUGGGAGGGUUAGCGUUAAUUGUCUCUUUUUUAUUCUUUUUGUGGGUUCCUACUUUUAAAAAUUCUAGCAGGUAUUUUGUUAGUCGACAGUUAAUAUUUUGGUUGAUUGUUAGUAUGUAUAGCUCCUUAGUAUAUUUAGGUGGUUGUCAUCCUGAGUAUCCUUACUUGUUUGUAUGUCAAGUUUUUAGUUUAUUAAUGGUAGCUUCUAUGUUUAUAUUUAAGUUAUUUUGGGUACCUGGUCAUGAAAUUCGUGUUUGUUAA